UCCGAGCACUUGGGCGCGAGCAGGAACGGGGAACGGAGCUCCGGUCCCAGCGCAGCCACCGCGAUGAGAGGCGCUCGCGGCGCCUGGGAUUUUCUCUGCGUCCUGCUCCUGCUGCUCGGCGUCCAGACAGGCCCUUCUCAAGCAUCUGUGCGUCCGGGGAAACCGUCUUUCCCAUCCAUCCAUCCAGCAAAAUCAGAGUUAAUAGUCAGUGUCGGCGACGAGCUUAGGCUGACCUGCACCGAUCCAGGAUUUGUCAAGUGGACUUUUGAGACCCUGCGCCAGCUGAGUGAGAACACACACAACGAAUGGAUCACAGAGAAGGCAGAGGCGGGCCACACGGGCAAUUACACGUGCACCAACAGAGAUGGCUUGAGCAGGUCCAUUUAUGUGUUUGUCAGAGAUCCUGCAAAGCUUUUCCUCGUAGACCUUCCGUUGUAUGGGAAAGAAGGCAACGAUACGCUGGUCCGCUGUCCUCUGACGGACCCAGAAGUGACCAAUUACUCCCUCAGGGGGUGCGAGGGGAAGCCUUUUCCCAAGGACUUGACGUUUGUUGCUGAUCCCAAGGCUGGCAUCACGAUCAGAAACGUGAAGCGCGAGUACCAUCGGCUCUGCCUGCACUGCUCUGCGGACCAGAAGGGGAGGACGGUGCUGUCCAAGAAAUUCACCCUGAAAGUGAGGGCAGCCUUCAGAGCUGUACCCGUCGUGUCAGUGUCCAAAACAAGCUCUCUCCUGAAGGAAGGGGAAGCCUUCUCCGUGACGUGCUUUAUAAAAGAUGUGUCUAGUUUCGUGGACUCGAUGUGGCUAAAGGAAAACAGCCAGCAGACUAAUGCACAGACACAGAGUAAUAGCUGGCAUCGCGGUGACUUCAAUUUUGAACGUCAGGAAAAGUUGAUUAUCAGCUCAGCAAGAGUUAAUGAUUCUGGAGUGUUCAUGUGUUACGCCAAUAAUACUUUUGGAUCAGCAAAUGUCACAACAACCUUGGAAGUAGUAGAUAAAGGAUUCAUUAAUAUCUUCCCCGUGACGAGUACUACAAUAUUUGUAAAUGAUGGAGAGAAUGUGGAUCUGAUUGUUGAAUAUGAGGCAUAUCCCAAACCGGAGCACCAGCAGUGGAUCUGUAUGAACAGAACCUUCACUGAUAAAUGGGAAGAUUACCCCAAGUCUGACAACGAAAGUAAUAUCAGAUAUGUGAGUGAACUUCAUCUAACCAGAUUAAAAGGGAACGAAGGAGGCACUUACACAUUUCAAGUGUCCAAUUCCGAUGUCAAUUCUUCGGUGGCCUUUAAUGUUUAUGUGAACACAAAGCCAGAAAUCCUGACCCUCGAAAGUCUCACGAAUGGCAUGCUCCAGUGUGUGGUUGCAGGAUUCCCAGAGCCCGCGGUAGAUUGGUAUUUCUGUCCAGGAGCUGAGCAGAGAUGUUCUGUCCCUAUUGGGCCAAUGGAUGUGCAGAUGCAAAACUCGUCUCUGUCACCGUCUGGAAAACUAGUGGUUCAGAGCUCCAUCGAUUAUAGUGCCUUCAAGCACAAUGGCACAGUCGAGUGUAGGGCUUACAACAAUGUAGGCAGGAGUUCUGCCUUUUUUAACUUUGCAUUUAAAGGUAAUGGCGAAGAACAGAUCCAUUCCCACACCCUGUUCACACCUUUGCUGAUUGGCUUUGUGACCGCAGCUGGAAUCAUGUGCAUUAUCGUGAUGAUUCUUACCUACAAAUAUCUACAGAAACCCAUGUAUGAACUACAGUGGAGGGUUGUUGGGGAGAUCAAUGGAAACAAUUAUGUUUACGUAGACCCAACACAGCUUCCUUACGAUCACAGAUGGGAGUUUCCCAGACACAGGCUGAGGUUUGGGAAAACUUUGGGUGCUGGUGCCUUCGGGAAAGUGGUUGAAGCCAUUGCAUAUGGCCUGGCUGGGUCAGAUGCGGCCAUGACCGUUGCCGUUAAGAUGCUCAAACCAAAUGCCAAUUUAACCGAACAAGAAGCCCUAAUGUCUGAGCUCAAAGUCUUGAGUUACCUCGGUAAUCAUAUGAAUAUUGUGAAUCUUCUUGGAGCAUGCACCGUUGGAGGGCCCACCUUGGUCAUUACGGAAUAUUGUUGCUAUGGUGAUCUUUCGAAUUUUUUGCGAAGGAAACGUGAUUCAUUUAUUGGCUCCAAUCAGGAAGAUCACGGAGAAGUGGCACUUUAUAAGAACCUUCUGCAUUCGAAGGAGCCUUCCUGCAGCAACAGUAUUAAUGGAUACAUGGACAUGAAACCCAGCGUUUCUUACGUCGUGCCAACCGAGGCAGGCAGAAGGAGAUCUGCGAGAAUAGGCUCACGCCAAGAAAGAGAUGUGACUCCCGCCGUCAUGGAAGAUGAUGAGUUGGCUCUAGAUCUAAACGACUUACUGAGCUUUUCUUACCAGGUGGCCAAGGGCAUGGCAUUCCUGGCCUCGAAGAAUUGUAUUCACAGAGACUUGGCUGCUAGAAAUAUCCUCCUUACUCACGGUCGAAUCACAAAGAUUUGUGAUUUUGGUCUAGCCAGAGACAUCAAGAAUGAUUCUAAUUAUGUGGUCAGAGGAAAC